UGCUGUACAUCCGGGUCACAAACGUCUAUUUCCGGUGUAAAAUACAACAUGAAACGCGACAUAAACAAAUCGUACGUUUGUGUUGUGUGUGUGCUGCAGUUCUAGAUAACGUGUACAAACGGGGCUUUGGACGGAGGACAGACAGUAUGGUGAAGUGUGUUGUCUCUGGGUGUCCCAACCGAACAGUCAACGUCAACCGGAGCAUCUUCAACCGGACACCGAAGAGGUUCUUUGAUUUCCCCACAGAUCCGGCUCGAGUCAAGGUAUGGCUGGCGGCGCUGAGGCAGACGGACAAGCAGGACUCGACAGAGCAGCAUGUGAUCUGUGAAGACCACUUCCUGCCAGAGGACGUCUCCACCGACGGGGUCACCAGCGAUGCCAUUCCCAUCAUGCCGCCUUUCCUGGACGGGACGCUGGGCCUCGUCAGCCCCUGGGGAGCUGAGUCCUCUGAGGAAGAGGAGCAGUCGGCCACCGGAGGCUGUGAGGAGGGCGAUGAUGCUGCUGUCAGAGACGAAGGUGGAGAAUGUGCUUCUCCUGCGCCAAAUCCUCCACUGCAGGAUCCAGGAACAUGUUUGAAGAUUCCUCCAGAGGCCCAGAAGACCAGUGUUCCUCUGCUGCAGAAGAAAGAUUCCGUCCAGUCCAAGAAGUUUUCCAGAAUGGACGUGUCUCUGGGACUGCUGACUCGACGGUUCCUGGAGCUGCUGCUGGAGUCGCCGGGCGGUUCUUUGGACCUCAGACAGGUGGCAACGAGCUUGCAGACUCGCCGUCGGCGAGUCUACGACAUCACCAACGUCCUGUAUGGCAUCAGACUCAUCGAGAAGGAGUCUACCAACAGGAUCAGGUGGAUAGGAAGCCAUCCGGUCUCCAGCUUUCUGUGGAGGAGCCAAAACAAGUUCCACAGAGAGCUGGAGAACCUGAAGCUGGUGGAGAGCGCGCUGGACGGCCUCAUCAAAAGCUGCGCCCAGCAGCUCUUCGACAUGACUGACGAUGUGGAAAACUCUGAGUCGGCCUACGUGACCCACGAGGACGUCAGCCGACUCCAAGCCUUCCAGGAGCAGACGGUGAUCGUCGUCAAAGCUCCGGAGGAAACUAAACUGGAGAUUCCUGCACCCACUGAGGACAGCGUCCAGGUCCACCUGAAGGCAGGAAGGGGUCCCAUCAUGGUGGUGACCUGUGAAGUGGGCUCAGCCUGCACUGUGACCUCUGACCCCGCCUUCUUUCUGUCACUGGAGAAGAGUCGCAUCAGAACGACUGCCUUGCAGACAGGUACGCAGAGCUCUGCACAAAGUGUGUGACCUGCAGCCCACCACCAGGGGGCGCCAGACGCAGAUGUGGGAAUACGGUGAGAGGCUGGAUGAGGUCGUCUGCAGGUACCUGCAGCUCACAGGUGGUGCACUGGAACAUUGUGGGGGUUCCUGCUGACUGUCAGCUCACAUCAGGUCACUGAAUGUGAUUUCAGCUGCAGACUCACACCAUCAGUCCGAGUCUGUUAAAGGGCACUUCUGUCAUUAACAAGCACAAACACUGUGCUUAUGGAUGAGCGGUGACAGUUUUGAACUCCUGCUGCGUUGAUCCUGUCGCUCUGCUGAGACAUGAAAUCCUGACCACAGCGAAGGUGAGGGUGACGAGCUUUAUUUUUGUAUUAGAGGUGAUGAAGAGGAGGUAGCACAGCUGCAUCAUCACGACUGACCUUUACUGUCAGAUAACCUCCAUUUGACUUUGUGUUUCGGAUAUAAAAACAUUUUGGCCAAUAAAAUAUGAAAAUGUGAUUUCUGCUGGUUUGAUUUCCUGACGCUUCAGUGUGAUCACGCACUGUGGAAGUGCCCUCCAGCCAAUGGGAAGAGAGCAGUGGUUUACUUUAAUACUUCAAAACAAGUAAAAGUGUGCGAGUGUGAGUAUUUAAAGUAUUCGUAGUAAAAGUACUGUUGUACUGCUAAAUCCUCUCUCAUCGGGUGAUUGGGACUCAUGCAUCAAUGGCAGCAGGAUUUUAAGAAGAAGAAUAAUUAGCAGUAUAUAUAUUUUUACAUACAUUGUAUUUAACCCAUCCUUAGUUGAACACACAUGCAACAUCCUUGAGUGCAUUAAUCACUCCUGCCCGUCCAGUAGGGGAAUCGAACCAGCACCCCUCUGAUCACAAGCCACUUCUCCAGCCUCUAGGCCAGGGCUGCCCCCAGAACCAGACCGGAGUUUGCACAAGCAGAGUUUCGAACUGCGGUCUUUUGGACAGGAGUCUGCUGCUCUUCCAGAUGCACCACUGUUUUGUUCUGUUAAUGUUGGAGUUGGUUGAGCUGGAACUCAUUUUGAACUAUUUUGUAUAAAACUACUGAUUCUUUUCAUUCUGAGUUCAUCUGCGGAUUAUUAUCUCCAUUUAUCCAUUGAUUGUUUGCUUUGUAAAGAUGUUGUACUAGCAGAGAAAUGUGGGAUUUUGUCUGCAGGCACUAAGCAUAAAACUUCACUUCUGUGAAGAAUUUUCGGUAAUAAAUGAAUGACAUUAU